GAGUACUUUCACGGCCGGAACCGAUGGGUGGAGUACAGCGACGACGCGUAUCUCGAUUACGACGCCUCGCAGAUACCGGCGGAAUGGCACGGAUGGAUGCACUACACCACUGACAUACCGCCCACUCUUAAGCCGCCCGUGAAGUACAAGUGGAUGUGCGACGAGCAUCGCGUCAACUUUACCGGCACUCAUCUCCAGUACGUACCCUACAGUACCACCAGAGAGAAGAUCCAGAAGUGGGACAAACGGUUGCCGCAGAUCACCGCUAAGUUAGGAGUUAUAGAGUCGGUAAAGGAUGAGACGGAGAAAACAGUGUCCGACAUCUGCGCCCAGAAGUGCGCCAAAGACAUCGAUGAGCUCAAGAAGAAUAUGACAGAACUCUAUAUGGCUUUUCUGGUACUUCACGCAGAGUUCGCUCACAUUAACCAACACAUGGUAUUUCACGAGAAGGCUCUCAAACAUAUCGCACUUAUGGGACAUAAAUCUANAGAGUUCGCUCACAUUAACCAACACAUGAAGAAGACUAAAGACAAAGAUAAAGACAGUUCUGAAGAAUCGGUAGAAGAGACAUCUUCUGUGGCAACAGUUGCGGACAAUUCAAAAAUUAUGUCCAAUAUAAGCGGUGAAGUAAAUGAAUCCCAGACACCAUCAGUUCAGACAUCGAACUCCACCAACACAUCCAACUCUUCUCAAUCAUCGACUGGUGUUUCGGAAGAAGAAUUCAAUCAAUGGUUUGACAAUAUGUUGAACGAUAUCCAUCACAGCCAUCACGACAUCAAUGACAGAAUAGUUGGCGAAUCAAGUAAUCGAUUGAAAUUUUACAGACAAUUGGAUGAAUCGAAAGAUAAUCAGAAAAAUGCGGACGAAAUGGAAAACGCGUUGACUUCGGAAGAUGUGGUAUUUGCGAAGUGUGUUCUGCGACCGAAUCGACACAUCGCUCUUCUCAACCAACAGGACAUUGAGGGCACUAUCCAUAUGUGGCAACUCAGACACAACAGGGGACCCAUUCAUAUGCACGUCAAACUAAAGGGCUUCAAAGUGGCCAAUCAUGUCCACAGCCAUAGCCAACAACACGCCAACCAUAACCCCAAUCAU